GACUCCGCGUCGGGGAUGGCCGUGAGCGACGAGUGCAAGAUCAGGUUCCAGGAGCUCAAGACCAAGACGAGCCACAGUUCCAUUGUUUUCAAGAUCGACGAAAGUCUGCUGGCGGUGGCGGUGGAGAGGCUGGGGAAGCCGGAGGAAUCCUACGACGACUUCGCGGCGUCCCUGCCCGCCGACGAUUGCCGCUACGCCGUCUUCUUAUACUUCGACAGCGUUGGAAAGAGCACCAUCUUCUUCUUCUCCUGGUCCCCGGACACGUCAAGGGUGAGAACCAAGAUGAUCUACGCGAGUACCAAGGACCGGUUCAAGAAGGAGCUCGACGGCAUUCAGGUGGUGCUCGAGGCGACCGACCCCAGCGAGAUGAGUUUCGACAUCGUCAAGGACAGAGCCCUCUGA